UGAGAAUAGGCCUGUGACAGCCUUGGGCUUCCCUUCCUAGACUUUUGUUCUCUCAGGCGUGCCAAGAUGAAGCGAACAGCGGCAAAGCAAAUCACGAAAGACGGCUUCCACGACGAUGGCGACGACGACGAAGAACAGAGCUCGUCGCAGCUGGCCGAAAAUCAGCCUAGAGUUAUUAAGGGUCUACCGAAACGAAAAGGGCUGGGGACUACUUCGGCCCCAUCGCUCUCCUCCCCCUCCUUCUCCUUCAGUGCUUCGCCUGCUGCCAGUGCGCCAUCGACGGGAUGCUCUUUGGGGCAACCGGCUGCCUCAUCUACUCCAGCGCUUUUCACGCCGUCUUCCGCAGAGGGCCGACCGAAUCCAUUCGCAACUUUUUCUGGCUUCGGCACGCCAGGGAAGACCAAUGGCACGUCUGGUGUCACUGGGGACACUGCCUCCGCAGUGCCUUCGACGCCUUCCCUUGGGUCUUCCUUUGGAUCUGCAUUUGCAGCAUCACAAGCUAGCCCAUCGACACCUUCGUUCUCGUUCUCACAACCAGCAGCGAACGGUGACGCCAAGGCGCAGGCUCCAAAUCCUUCAUCCGUUGCAGGCGGGACUCUCCCAAGCCGUGCGUUACCCACAGAGUCUACUCAAGGGGUCGAUCGGGAAUUGCUGCAGUACUUCAAGUCAUGCAAAGGGGUGAAUGCGUCGUUUGUUACGGCGCUAGGCAAGGCAAUGGAGCAGGACCCGUUUGCAGACUUGAGCUCGCUGGCGCGGAAAUACGUCGAGCAUCGCGAAGGAGUUGAGAAGAAGCGCCCAUCUAAAGGACCGAAAGAAAGUGGCUCUUUGGCGGCAAAUCCAUCCCUGGCACCAUCAACACAAGCAGCCUCGACAGAAUUGGCAGCGCCGAAGCCGUCAUCGACACCUUUGUCGACGUCAGCCAACACGCCGUCGCAGUCGUCAAACAGUCUCAAAGCAGGCCCGCCGAAGGUACCCGCUGGAACGAGCUUCACGUUCGCGAACAAGCCGGUGUCCGUGCCGCCUCCUUCAUCGAAUCUUGCAGUGAAAGCACCCGCGAAUGUGCCGAAAUUCGAGAUUCCGUCGGGUGGCUUCAAAUUUGGGGACGCGGGGACUGCAUCUGCAAGUAUAGCAAACAAGCAGCCAGAAAAAAGCUCCGCAUCAAGCUCCAAACAACCCUCUACAUCCACAUCGACUGCGCCUGUAUGCACCCCUGCCUCUGCGCCAACUUCAACCAGCUCCGCUACACCAGCGACUGGAGCUUUUGGGAGCGUAACCAAGACGCCAGCGUUUUCAUUCGGAACCACCUCGUUCGGCAGCUCGAACAGCGCUUCUCCCUCAACUCCCGCAGUUGCCUCCUCCUCCACGAGCACAGCCUCUUCCAGUGCGCCAGCUCCCGCCUUCGGCGGCUUCGGAAGCAGCAGCACUAACAACGCCAAGCCAAGCACCACCUUCAGCUUUGGCUCUUCUGCCAGCCCCUCUUCGUCUCAUUCCUCCAAUCCGAUGGGAGCAAGCUUCAGCGAUAGCACGUCCUCACCGUCGAAACCGAUCACUGCGUUCUCCUUCGGCUCUGCGACUAGCACAGUAUCCGCGAGCGGGACGAAUGCGCCUGCGCAGUUCUCCUUCGGCGGAGGUCCCGCGAGCAAACCGGGCAUGGCUGCCGCGGGCCUCUCGUUCGGCCAAAGCGCUGCGAGCUCAGGAAAUGGCAGCAGCAAUAACGAGAAGACAGAAGGGGCAUCAGUAGCGACUACUGCGCCGAAGCCGUUUUCCUUCGCGAACGUCUCCAAGCCAGGCGGCUUUGGGUUUGGUGGCGGGCAGAUCAAAUUCGGCGAUGCAAGUCAGAAUAAGGACGAAGGCAAGUAAGGUGGAAAGCCAGAGGCGAGACGGAGGGCUGUGCUCAUCACAGAAGAGAAAUGCAAUGUAAUGCAGUUUGCUACUUUGCUCUCACAUAAUGUG